AUGCCCAUGCUCUGUAAACACUCGUCGCUGUGGCUCUCGUCCUAUACCAGCCUCAGCCCGCUCUACUAUAGCCAGCUGCCCUCCGCUGCUCCACCUCAAUCAUGCCGUCAUAGACAGAAGCGGUGCUAUGCCCACCACGCCCACCUCCCACCGCACCACCCCCAGGACCCCGAGCUGCUGCAGUGGCCCGAGGCCGUCAAGCCGCACAGGACCCCGACGCCGUAUCAAAUUCUGAAAUGUCGCCAGGGCGAGCUGUACACGAAGCAGCGCUUUUAUGCGCUCGUGAAGCUGUACCACCCCGACCGAUGCCAGGCCUCGCCUAUUGCACAUCUGCCGCUGCACGUCCGUCUGGAGCGCUACCGCAUGCUGGUCGCCGCCCACGAUAUUCUCUCUGAUAUGGAGAAGCGCAAGGCAUACGACACCUGGGGCCACGGCUGGGCUGGCCACCACCGCACGCCCUCGUCGCCCGCCCGCCAGGAAUGGGACUUCGACCGCCGCCGCUGGGCUACGGAUCCUCGCAGCAAUGCCACCUGGGAGGACUGGGAGCGCUGGCGCCACGACAACGAGGGCGCGCCAGACCCGGACGGCCGGACCAUACAGCUAUCCAACUUCGCCUUCAUGUCGCUCAUCUUCGCCUUCAUAAGCAUCGGCGGCGUCGUGCAGGGCACGCGCUUCAGCACCUUCAACAGCUCCGUCAUCGAGCGCCGCGACCAGAUACACCGCGAGGCCAGCACCACGCUGCAGCGCAGCCACAAUGCCACCAUGGGCGGCGACCGGGACGAGCGGAUACGGACCUUCCUAGACCACCGGGAAGCGCAACUUGCAGGCGAAGUCUCGUAUCAGCGCUUACUCCCGCCGGCAGAAACCUGCGCGCCUGAUACAGCACGAAGGCAAUAG